AUGUACUUUACUCCAAAUUUGAUACUAAGUGUUUUGGCAAUUACUACCCUGGAUAAUGCAGUUUUGUCGGCUCCAGUUAACAGUACUGCUCAAUCUUCGAAUCCUGUAUUGAAUUCUACACAAGCUUCCGGUAGCCUUCUAAAUUCUACUCAAGCUGCUAGUGCUAGCGUUAGCUCAUCUGCUCAGAGCGCAGACGCAUGGGCCCAUCCAGUUUUGAACAAGAGAUCUGAACAUACUGGCGCCUCUAUUUCUACUCAAGCUGCUGUUUCUGGUUAUAACUCAACGGAAUCCUUUGCUCCAAAUAACUCUACUCAGCCUUUUAAUGCACAUGCUUCUGGAAACAGUGUCCAAGGUGCUGGUGCUCUAUCUCAAGGCGCUACUCAGUCUAAUGGCGCUGCUCCAUCUGCCCCUGUUGCAGCUUCUUCUGCUGCUGCCACUGCAUCUCAAGCUGCCAGUCUAGCUAACGCUUCUGGCGUGCAAGCUUCUGACACUAGUGUAAAUUUUACCCAGCCUACUGCUGGUGGUGCUAACUCUACUCAAGCCGGCGGCUCAACAUCUGGAACUAGCAUUGGCUCCGCUACCGUAACUUCUGACAACGCAAGUCCUGGUACCCAGGAUGCAGGUUCUCAGGGUGCUGCAUAA